AUGGCUUUUCCAACUUUAUUUCCUGAUUGCAAAGGUGAUCCUACUAAUCAAAGACUUCUGAGAGAUGUUCCUCUUCAGGAACGAAUAAAGCAUCUAUUAAAAUUUGCUGAAAUUAUUGAUGGUAAAUGGGUACAUCGUUUUGCUAACCAUCCCCGAUUUUCAUAUUGGGCUUUUAACAUGAUUCAAAGAAAAACAAUCUUACAGCAAAGUGGAAUAUUUUUAAAACAAAACCCAGGUGAAGCACAUCUCACCAUCCAUGAGCUGCGUGAAAUGGCUACCAGUAACAAUGCAAAUGUGUUUAUGUCUGAAGUGUCUAGAUAUGUCGGCAAUAUUGCAGGUACUAAGGCUUAUUGGAAUAAAGUAAGAGAAGAGCUUAAAGCUAUUAUAUCUAAUGUUGGAACACUAACAUUAUUUUUCACAUUUUCCUCUGCAGAUAUGCAUUGGCCUGAAUUGCAUGCUUUAUUUAAAGCAUGA